GAGGGCAGCCGCGUGUCAGAGUUGAAGUCGGUGAAGACAUUCAUGAUUUAAACACCAGAUCCUGAAAGGCAUUAAAUCUACUUUGAAAUGAAUCUGCAAUCAGUAUUUCAAAGCUUUUCUGACACAUCACCUUCACUUUGGGAUGUGGAAUUUGCUAAGCAGUUAGCCACAGUCAACGAACAACCCCUUCAGAAUGGGUUUGAAGAGCUGAUCCCGUGGACAAAGAGGGGAAACUGUGGGAGUCCCCAGUUAACAAUGAAGCAGGUCUGGAUGCUAGGAAGUCCAAGAUGAAGGCACUGGCAGGUUCAUUUAUCUGUCCACCCACAAAUGAAUUAUCCGGAGUGAACCCAGAGGCACGUAUGAAUGAAAGUCCCAAUCCGAAUGCCCUGGCGGGAGUCAUCAUUGAGCGCGGCCCCAAUGAUAGUCCACAGACAAAUGAAUUUAAAGGAGCAACCGAGGAGGCACCUGCGAAAGAAAAUCCCCAUCCAAAUGAGCUGACAGCAGACAUCAUUGAUGGAGGCAUCAAGGACAUUCCACAGACAAAUGAAUUUAAAGGAGCAACCGAGGAGGCACCUGCGAAAGAAAGCUCACAAACAAGUGAAUUUAAAGGAGCAGCCCUGGUGUCACCUAUCAGUAAAAGUAUGUUAGAACGACUUUCCAAGUUUGAAGUUGAAGAUGCUGAAAAUGUUGCUUCAUAUGACAGCAAGAUUAAGAAAAUUGUGCGUUCAAUUGUAUCAUCCUUUGCAUUUGGAAUAUUUGGAGUUUUCCUGGUCUUACUGGAUGUCACUCUCCUCCUUGCCGACCUAAUUUUCACUGACAGCAAACUUUAUAUUCCUUUGGAUUAUCGUUCUAUUUCUCUAGCUAUUGCCUUAUUUUUUCUCAUGGAUGUUCUUCUUCGAGUAUUUGUAGAAGGGAGACAGCAGUAUUUUUCUGACUUAUUUAACAUUUUAGAUACUGCCAUUAUUGUGAUUCCUCUGCUGGUUGAUGUUGUUUACAUUUUUUUUGACAUUAAGUUGCUUAGGAAUAUUCCCAGAUGGACACAUUUAGUUCGACUUCUACGACUUAUUAUUCUGAUAAGAAUUUUUCAUCUGGUUCAUCAAAAAAGACAACUUGAAAAGCUGAUGAGAAGGCUGGUUUCAGAAAACAAAAGGCGAUACACAAGGGAUGGAUUUGACCUAGACCUCACUUACAUUACAGAACGUAUUAUUGCUAUGUCAUUUCCAUCUUCUGGAAGUCAGUCUUUCUAUAGAAAUCCAAUCGAGGAAGUUGCGCGGUUUCUAGAUAAGAAACAUCCAAACCACUAUCGAGUCUACAAUCUAUGCAGUGAAAGAGCUUAUGAUCCUAAGUACUUCCAUAAUAGGGUCAGUAGAAUCAUGAUUGAUGAUCAUAAUGUCCCCACUCUACAUGAGAUGGUGGUUUUCACCAAGGAAGUAAAUGAGUGGAUGGCUCAAGAUCUUGAAAACAUCAUAGCGAUUCACUGUAAAGGAGGCAAAGGAAGAACCGGAACUAUGGUUUGUGCCCUCCUUAUUGCCUUCGAAAUAUUUUUAACCGCAGAGGAAAGCCUGUAUUAUUUUGGAGAAAGGCGAACAGAUAAAACCCACAGCAAUAAAUUUCAGGGAGUAGAAACUCCUUCUCAGAAUAGAUAUGUUGGAUAUUUUGCACAAGUGAAACAUCUCUACAACUGGAAUCUCCCUCCAAGACAGAUACUGUUUAUAAAAAGAUUCAUUAUUUAUUCGAUUCGUGGUGAUGUAUGUGAUCUAGAAGUCCAAAUAGUAAUGGAGAAAAAGGUUGUCUUUUCCAGUACUUCAUUAGGAAAUUGUUCGAUAUUGCAUGACAUUGAAACAGACAAAGUAUUAAUUGAUGUAUUCGACGGUCCACUUCUGUAUGAUGAUGUGAAAGUACAGUUUUUCUCUUCGAAUCUUCCUAAAUACUAUGACAAUUGUCCAUUUUUCUUCUGGUUCAACACAUCUUUUAUUCAAAAUAACAGGCUUUAUCUACCAAGAAAUGAAUUGGAUAAUCCACAUAAACAAAAGGCAUGGAAAAUUUAUCCAUCAGAAUUUGCCGUGGAGAUACUUUUUGGCGAAAUGACUUCCAAUGACAUUGUAGCUGGAUCUGAUUAAGUAUAGCUCCCCCUUCCCCUUCUGGGAGAGAAUUAUGUUCUUUCCAACCCUGCCACAUGUUCAUAUGUCCUAAGUCUUCCUUGA